AAUACAACAAAAACAAUUAUUAUUAAUUAAUCCAACAAUAAAAUUAAUAAAUAAGUGAAAAUUGCAACUGAGCAAAUUAUAAUUCACAGAAAAUGCCAACUUCCACUACGGAAGAUGAUUAUGUGUUUCUCAAAAAUAUGGAGGGUGAUCAAAUACGUGUAUUAAUCUCUGAUUUGAGAAACCGUUGUCCCUUAUUUGAUUUGUAUUUUUCAAUAGAUCCUCUCGUAAAACAUUAUGCCAUAUACUUACCAGUCUCAAGGCAGGUAUUAUUAGCAUUAAAAAGCUUUUUACCCAGGGGAUACAUGCCAUUUAUGUCGGUAACUGUUGCGAUGAAAACGUAUCGGUUUAGCAAUGUCUACAAAAUAAACAAUCUGAAGGAAGUUUGUAGAAAUUAUAUCAGGUCAGAAAUAAGUGUUGAAGAUGUGUGUUCGGUCCAUGAUUUUGCGUGUGAACAGAACGACAGACUUAUACAAUACGAAUGCUGGAUAUUUUUCGAUCGCCAUUGGGAUGAAAUAUUUCGUACUCAGGAUUUUUUACAAUCCAAAGAAACAACAAUUAUGAGAUUUCUUUCGCGUUCCAUAUAUGAUUCAUUAAAUGAAGUAAGUCUGUUUGAAGCUUUUUAUAGUUGGAUGAAAGAGAGAGUUACGAGAGAAUCUCCUGACUUAGAAAACAGAGAAUUGGAAGAAAAAAUCCGUACAGAGAUACGACCGUUUCUUUCGAAAAUUAGGUUUCGUGCCAUGACAAUAGAUGAGGCAGAAACUUAUGUUUUCACUAAACACGUCUUGACAGAAAUCGAAGUAAAUUCUAUUCGUAGAUGUCUCCAGAAUCACACUUUCUACAACUACCCAGAGUACUUUUGCCCGUAUGCGGACGAAAGAACUGAAAAAAUGUAUGAUGCGUUGUUUACAUAUCAAAACCAGUUUAAUCCUAACAAUGAAUUAGAAACCACAAUCGAUGUAAACACCCGGUUCAAAUGCGAAAUAUUUGUGAGAGAAGAUUGCUAUAUAACAAGUUUUACGCUUCCAAUAACAUUUGAUCAUUUACGAAGGAUAAGAAUAAUGCUAGAUGGCAAUUCGAAUUCACCGAAAAAUAACAUUCCCCGGGAUACUUUCGACUGUAGUUAUCACGGAAACGUCAAUUUAUCAAAACCUAUAUUUCUAAUAAAGAAUUCAACUACUUUUCUACAAUUUCAAAUUUUAAACAGUGAUGACAUCACGCGUUACGACAUACGUAUUACCCCGCCAUUUAAUUAUUUCUACAUCGCAAACAAUAGUGACAUUCAACCAGAAGACAUCGAUCCUGGUAAUAAUUACUACUUUGAAGUUGUCCUCUACUUCUAAAAAUUGUAAACUGAAUUCACAAAAUUUUAACGAAACAACGCAAAUUAAAAUAACAUUUUAUUAGAUACUUUCAUCAGAUCGGUUGCUUUUGAUAUUACCUACUGACUAUGACAGUGGUAUUUAAUCGAAGUUUGGUCAAAGUGUAUAAGUCGUAAGUAGGUGAGUCACAAAUAUUUUGUAUGUUUCAAAUAUACAAAUAGUGGACGUAUUUCUAUCAUUUAUAAGUUUCACGUUAGGCUUCGGACCUGUGGGUGGUCCGAAUUUAGUCCGAGGCCAUAGUUUGUGCACCCCCUACUCUAGGAUUUCAAUUAAAAUCAAGAAGUGAUUAUAUAUUAAUUCAAAGAUAUUUAAUACGAACAGAUUUCUACUAAACCUUGAUGAUUGUCUGCAUUUGGAAACAAUCAUUAUGAGUUUAUUCAUAAUGCGCGAUAUAUUUAUUUUCUCAAGAAUUUACAAGUGUAAUUAAUGAUAUUUCUCUUACAACUAAUAAGAUAAAUAUACCUAGGUUUAAAGCAACCUUAGAACAUGCAUAUUUUAAUGCAAUUCCUUUAAUUCAUACUUUAAUUCUAAAUUAGUUAUAAAAUAACUAUCGAAAGAAUAAGAGAAAUAAAACAAUUUGUGUUGCAAUUUGAAAAAAAUUAUAGAUUUGUAAAUUUUCACUGUCGCCUGUCUUCUCUUAACCUGGAGAAAGAAGUUAGGAAAAUGUAAGACGAGACAAGUCAUGAAAACUGUAGGAGUGAUAGGCCCCGAUUACCUAUAUAGCAACUUCGAAUGCAAAUCGAAAAUUAUGUUAUUUCAAUUGAAAAUUCCCCCAAAAGGUGUUAGAUAUAUAACCGACCGGCACGACUAUAUUCUUAGAGGAAAAGUAUGAUGUUCUGGGGCAAGCCAUUACUAAUUUAUGAUGGCGAGCAUAUAUUUUAAAUAAAAUUAAUUAAAAAUAUGAUUAAAAAUUGCAAUCUGGCAUUGUGAUAUUUAUUUAUUGUGAUUGUGAUUGUGAAUUAUUUAUUGUGACGAUGUCACAAUAAAUAAUUGCUUGACUUCUGUAAGAAUUUCAGUCUAGGAAACAAUCGGAUGUAAUCCGGUUUUGUUUUCAACCAAUUACUAAUUAAUUAUCUUUAAAAUAUACUGGUAUUUUAUUAGCUCCUUUGGGUAUUAAUUUCCUGUUAAUUUAUCAUUGGCUUGUUUUGUUCAUGCAUGUUUUUAAUUUCAAUGUAAACAGCUGUAAUAGCAACAUGAAGUAUGACGAUGGUGAUAUAACUUCGUGUGUGCUCUAGAUGGCAGGGAUGAAAUUCAAUUUGCAAUAACCUGGCUUUUUAGGAGUAAUGGUUCGGCUUAUACCCCGAAGUUUACUAGAUCAACUCUAUGCCGAACGAGUGCUUAAACCAAACAAUACACAAGGACGAAGCAAUCGAUGCAUCCGAUCGCUUUGUUCUUGGAUCGCCUCUUCGUGUGGCCACUACUGCAAGGUUUUUUGUCGUGCCAGAAAGUGCGAGGAUGUUAAUGUGUUCAUCCUUUUUGAAGCUUAAUAACUGCUGUGCUUUUUGUCGAAAAUUUCUGGAAUUAUAUAGGCAGGUUUGCAUAUUACUGUGAUUGAUGAUAUUAAAUUUUGGUAAUUAAAGAUCAGGGUAUUAGAAGAGGUCAUAUUUCGAGUAGGAUGAUCGGACUUAAUGAAAUUUUUAUAAAACAUCCCAGAAGGCCGAAACAAACAUCUUAUUACUAUUAUUUAAUUACAAAUAAAUAAACAAAUAAAUAAAAAUGACAGUUAAUAAACUCUGCACUAAUGACUUUAACACAAUUGUAAAUACGCACUUACACAAUUAUAGUAGGGGAAGGUGGGGCAGAAUGAG